AUGGCGGACGAGUGCGUGACGCUGCGCGAGGAGGUGGUGGCCCACCGGGGCCGGCCGCACCUCUACCUGCAGCGCCUGCGCAUCGCCAACCCCACCGAGCGCGUGGCCGCCUUCGAGGCCUCGGCGCCCGCCCUGACGCCCUCGCUGGGCGGCCGCUUCGCCACCAGCCUGGAGAAGGUGGAGGAGCGGCAGUUCCUGCUCUCCUCCGGCCGCCUGCUGCUGCCCGGCAGCAACAAGGUGGUGCUCGUGGUCGUGGCUGCCAAGAAGCUGGUGAGCCGUGUGCAGGUGGCACCCAAGUCGCAGUUCGAUGAGACCCUGCUCUCUGUGGUGCACACCUCGGAGCCCAUCGAGGUCUCCCGGCUGGAGGAGACCUUCAGCAAGCUGAAGGAGGCCACAAAGAAGGAGAUGCUGGAAGUGAUGCAGAUGGGGGUGGAAGAUCUUUUCCAGGAGCACCAGCAGACCUGGUCGGAUUUGUUCAUUUCAGGCAUUGAAAUGAGAAAGAUCACAGAUUUGCAUACACCAUCCAGUGAGACUGUUAACAUGACCCUCUACUAUGUGCUGUCCACCAUGCCAGCUCCCUUGCUAGAUCCACUCAUCAGUGGUGAGGACAGGGAAAAAAUGGAAGCCAGCUUGAACUAUGCAGACCACUGCUUCAGUGGCCAUGCAACCAUGCACGCAGAGAACCUGUGGCCAGCAAAGGUGACCAGUGUCCCCCAGAUCUUGCAGCUCUCAGACUUGUGGAAGCUGACUCUCCAGAAACGGGGAUGCAAGGGUCUCGUGGCAGCUGGGGUCCAUGGACUCAUGCAGGGGAUGGUGCUUAGCUUUGGGGGUCUGCAGUUCACAGAAAACCAUCUUCAGUUUCAAGCUGACCCUGAUGUACUUCAUAACAGCUACUCCUUACGUGGGAUUCAUUAUAAUAAGGACCUGAUUAACCUGGCUGUUCUGCUGGACUCGGAAGGAAAACCCUUCUUGCACGUGUCUGUGAAGUUCCAAGACAAGCCAGUUCGACUGUAUGCGUGUGAGGCAGGCUGUAUGAAUGAGCCUGUGGAGCUGACCUCCGAGGCACGAGGCCGUACCUUCCCUGUCAUGGUGACUCAACCCAUCACACCACUGCUUUAUAUAUCCACAGACUUGGUCCACUUGCAGAACCUGAGACACACACUCCAUCUAAAAGCUAUUCUGGCUCACGAGGAACACAUGGCCAAGCAAUACCCAGGCUUACCCUUCCUGUUCUGGUUCAGCGUGGCCUCCUUAAUCACAUUAUUUCACCUAUUUCUGUUCAAACUCAUAUACAAUGAAUAUUGUGGGCCAGGAGCCAAGCCACUCUUCAGGAGUAAGGUAUAAGGCUGCUGCCUUGGGCUGAUCUCCACUGUCAUCAACUUAAUUUUAUGUCAUCUUGUGCCUAGGGAGGUUUUCUCUUUGUGAGGAUUUUCAUUGUCUUUUGUAACACGUGAUCCGUGACCUCUUUUUGCAAAAAGUAGGAUUUGGACAGGGAUUGGAGUGGUAGGGCUCACACAAACAUUAAAAAAAAAUAAAUCCCCUGUCAGUCCUUAAAUCUUCAGAAGGCUGCAGUUUAAGGCAGAUGCAGCUUUCCUGUCCUUUUUCUCACUCAUUCAUGUAGAACUUUGCUUGUAUUUAAGAAAACAGCUGCAGCCCUGAUACUAAAUGCUGUUCCUUGUUAUGCAGAAAAGGAAUGAGGGUGACAGGGGUUCUGUACUUGUCCUAGCUACUGUGUGGGGGAUGUGCAGACUUGUCUGCCUAGUUUGAAUGUGAGCUGGGUCAUAGGAGAACACACAAACCCAAGCCUGUGUUAGGCAAGCCAGGGCACCGACAUUGGCUCUGGGGUAAAUGCUCAUAGAGAGGAGGACUGAGCAGUGUCUAGGUUACUACUCCAUUUACCAGCACUUGGAAAACUGCUGGGCUAAUGCUUCUAAAAUAAAUGCAAAAUACAUAGCUGAUCUAAGAAAAAGGCUGAGUUUUAGCUGAGAAUUAGAGGUUCAGAUUGCAGUGCCCUGCAUCUCACUUCUGCAUAAGGGAGGUGAAAUUCUUGAUUGAAUUGCCUUAGAAGUAAUGCCUGGGCAUGGGACAGUUAGCACAGAACAGAAACGAGACAGUGGGUUCUACUUGUAGUACUGGUAUUUUCCUGUUGCAUAUUGAUGAGAUGGAAUGGAAAUGGAAAACUGGGCUGGAUUUGCUGUGUGAGCUAGCUGCAUUGUUCAGAGACAGCUUUCCUUAGUAGAGUAAUUUUUUAAAAACUCUUUAAAAAAAAUGAAAAUUUGGAAGCUGUUAAAUAGAACUGCCAAAGGAAAAGCUCUGGCUUUAGAUUGUUAUCUUGUUUUCCCAAAUUGUAAUAGCAAAUUAGAUUCUGGCUAGCCAAGGCUGGACAAAGGGUACUGGGUCUAAGAUGAGCUGGCAAUGGGCCUGUCAGCUCACUGGCUUUGUAAGGUUGAGCACUGGAGUUGAGACCUGAUCCCAAGGGGGGCUGAAUACUUGCCAUCCUCUGAAGAAAUGAGAGCUGAAAGUCCUUAUGGCUAAGUAGGACAUGAUAGAGAUUGCAUAUCAAAGGAAUCGGCAAAGAAAUAAGCCUAUGAUCAUGAUCAAAUCAUUAAUGCAGAAGGGGGAAGUGGUCAGGAAGUAUUUGAGUUAUUGUGUGUACAGCUGUGUCCUAAAAUUCUAAAUGAGUUGCAUUCUUUUUCUUUUUUUUCCACUGCUAUUUGGUUGCCUUUGUCAUCUCAGAGACUUGUCUUAUGCCUUCUACAGAAUGAUUUGUUCACUGUUAUUGCAGGUAGCUAUCCCUGACACUAUUAACUGAACUGCUGAGAAGCCUCACAGCUACAGACAGCACCUCUUCACUCUUGGCACUGCUAGAAGUCUUGCAGUGCCUAAAGAACAAAUAUGUUUCCUGGUCUUAACUGGACCCAGUUAAAGUGAAGUUGGUGCAGAACUUGAUUUGAGAAACAGGGAUGAACUGGAAACCAGUUGAAGCUCAAAACCUCUGUAGCAGUAAGCAAAAUGAGUGAUAUUGAUACAACACCUUGUUUUACUAAUCAAAUGAGACUAUCCCAGUGUCUGAGUGAACUUAACAGUCCUGCUUUCAGCCUCCAUUUGCACAAGAUGUCUUGACAAUUCUGCAGCUGAGAACAAGGGGCUUUUGAAAGCAACAAUCCUUUUUGUGCCUUGUUAAGAGAGGAACCUGUGACUCGGAACAUGUGGUUAUUCAGGAGUUUAUCCCGGGAGCUUGUUUAAUAGACAUGUUUUUUCCCUUGUAAGCUGUUCAGUUCCCUAAGAGUAAUCCAUGUGGUGAAAAAUACUUGAAAUACAUCAGAUCCUUUGAUAUUUUGAUUCUUUUUUUAACUUUACAGCAAAAUAAAGAAUGAUGAUUUCCUUAAGAGACUUAACUAGAAAAACUUAGUGUAACUUCCUCUCUGGUAUACAUUUUUUAAUUUAUUGCUUGGGGAGUGGGGGGAGGGAAAGGAUGUUAAUAAUUUUGCCUCCGCUUCAGUAACAGGUUGUUCAAUUGAACUGUAGAUAUCUAAAUGAUGGUAACAGGUUUUCCAGCCUUUAUCAUUGUAGAAUGAAAAAUCAGUUUAAUGAAAUUGUUUCUGUAUUUACGCUUGGAAAUGUAAAUGAUCUGUGAGUUUCCUAUUCUGAGCAUAUUGAGAGUUUGUGCAUUGAUUUGUUUUGGCUGUUUGGGGAGACAUCACACUUUCUAGUGAUCACUUUCUAGUGAUUUAAAGAUGGGUUGGUUUUAAAAUACCAAAGCUGUUGUUUCUAAAUAAAUACCUUCAGCCAA